AUGGGUGACUGGAGUCUUCUGGGGAGACUUUUAGAUGCUGCACAGGAGCGCUCCACGGUCAUUGGCAAGGUCUGGCUGACAGUCCUGUUCAUCUUCCGGAUCCUGUUGCUGGGUGCUGGGGUGGAGUCAGUGUGGGGAGAUGAGCAGUCAGGCUUCACCUGCAACACCCAGCAGCCAGGCUGUGAGAACGUCUGCUAUGACGAGGCCUUCCCCAUCUCCCACACCCGCUUCUGGGUGCUGCAGAUCAUCUUCGUGUCCACGCCCACCCUCAUCUACCUGGGGCAUGUGCUGCACAUUGUGCACAUGGAACAGAAGAAGAAAGAGCAGGAGGAAGAGCAGGUAAAAGGAGAGGGCGACCAGGUCCAGAGGAACAGUCUCCCAGGGCGGGACGACCAGGGAAAGGUCCACAUCGCCGGGGCCCUGCUCCGGACCUACGUCUUCAAUGUCAUCUUUAAGAUGCUGUUUGAAGUGGGCUUCAUUGUUGGACAGUACUUUCUCUAUGGCUUCCAGCUGAAGCCACUCUACCGCUGUGACAGGUGGCCCUGCCCCAACACAGUGGACUGUUUCAUCUCCAGGCCCACGGAGAAGACCAUCUUCAUCAUCUUCAUGCUGGUCGUGGCCUGCCUGUCCCUCCUACUCAACGUGCUGGAGAUAUACCACCUGGGCUGGAAGAAGCUUAAACAGGACGUGAAAAACCACUAUGGCCCCGACACUCCUGAUUCAAGGACGGGGACCCCAACAUUGGGAGAUGUGAUCCCACUCCCCUCCUGCUAGGCCACAGCCACUGGUACAGUAGGGUGCCCUCCUUACUACGCUCACUCUGCCUUUUCUCUGGGACAGGCAAUGGCCACAGCCUAUCCCGGGUCCCCUCCACCAGCAACAGACUUCAAUGUGGCCGCCCCAUCCCUGACACGGGGGAAGAGCCACCCUGACAAAUUGUGCGAUAGUAACCAUCACCUGCUAAUGACAGAGCAGAACUGGGCCAACCAGGAGACCGAGCGGCAGACUUCUGUGAGGAAGGUCUCCCCCCCUGCGUCCACAUCUUCCUCCUUUACCCCUCCAGGCCGCCCCCAGCCACCCCCUCAGCAGGGCAGAGCAGGCAGCAAAGAGUCUGUCCUGCUGGAGAAUGGGGACGGCAGCAGCGUGGGAGAGAGCAGACUGGAAGUGACUCCCGAUGAGGGGCAGCAGGCAGUGAUCACCGCUGUGGAGAUGCACAUGUCCCCGUUGCCCUCCACAGGCCCUAGACGGUCAAGCUGGGCCAGGAAGCCCAGUGGCAGUUGGGGCAGACCCAAUGACUUGGCCAUCUAG